AUGCCAAUGGUGGUGUGGACCCCCAUCAUCUCCAGUAACCUGCGUCACAGCCUUGCAGUGUUUGUCAUGCGCCUCUCCGAGACCCCGCGGCAGGUGGCGACCUGCGGGCCUCAUGGCUUCCUGGCUGAGCGGCCCGGGCGCUGCGCCCCGAGCCUGGGUCCUGACCUGCUGUGUGCUGGUGGUGCCUCCGAGCCGGGGGGGCUGGCCCCCCCCCCCUCCGCCCCAUCCCCGGGACCCUGCUCCGAGACCUUCCUGGUCUCCUUUCCUGUCACAGCGGCCUUCGGGUCCACAGCCAUCGCUCCAGACCUGACCCUGCCCUGCCACACCAACAUCGCUGGCUUGCCUGGGCAGGGCAGCAUGCCCCUUGUGCCAGUUUGCGGCAAGCCCUGGUGGCCAGAGAACUUGGAGGAGGCCCGCCAUUGGCCCUGGGAGGUGAGCCUGCGGACAGACAAGGAGCACGUGUGCGGAGGGGCCCUCAUUGCUCCCAGCUGGGUGGUGUCCGCCGCCCACUGCAUCCACGGCACCGAAGAGUACUCCGUGAUGCUGGGCACCAAUGAACUGCAGCCUCUGGACCCCAGAGGGGCAGUCUGGGUUGCCGUGAGUGACAUCAUUGUGCACCCCAGGCACUGGGGAUGGACCUUCCCUAUAGGUGACGUUGCUCUUCUCCAUCUUCAUACCCCUGUCACCUUCAGCAAGUACGUGCAGCCCAUCUGCCUCCCAGAGCCCAACCUCAACUUGAAGGUUGGGACAGAGUGCUGGGUGACUGGCUGGGGCCAGGCUAAGCGGCGCUUCUCAGCCAACACUACGCUGUUGCCAGAGCUGCGGGAGGCGCAGGUGUUCAUCAUGGACAACAAGAGGUGCAACCGGCUUUACCACAAGCCGUCCCCCCACCUCCGUAUUGCCUCCCUUAUCCUUGGGGACAUUGUCUGCGCCACCAACUAUGGGGAGAACUUGUGUUAUGGGGAUGCUGGGAGCCCGCUGGCCUGUGAAGUAGAAGGCAGGUGGAUUCUGGUGGGGAUACUGUCGUGGGAGAAAGCCUGCGCCAGACCCCAGAAUCCAGGCGUGUAUACCCGCCUCGCCAAAUACAGCAGGUGGAUCAAGAAGCAAGUGAGCCACGGAGUGCCCUCCGAGCCCUGUAGCUCCUUCUGGCUCCCGUUCCUGUCCUGGGUGUUGCAUUCCCCCAUGGGCCCGUGACUGUCCGCACCCCCAUUGCUCUUGCUGUCUUGGCCCUGCAAUGACC